AUGUGCGAAGCACAUUUACUUGGAAUUUUCUAUUACAAAUUUUAAUAGUGUAACGUGAAUCGAAUUAAUGAAGUGAUGAAUGUACAAACAGUCAAGUUGCCAAAUAUCACACAGCUAGAUAGUGACAGAGCUGGGAUUGGAACCUAGUCAGAUUCUGUAGUCUAAUCCCAUUAUGCUUUUCUGCCUUCCUAUUGAUGUCCCCUGUUCUACUCUGGCUUCUGAAACUCAUUCAGCCUAAACUUAGCAUUUGAUUUUUACCAGUUAACUUUGAUCCUCUUAAAUACCAUUGCUCCUAUGGUUGAGGUAUUUUGGAAUCUUGAAUCUGCUAUUGGGUAUUAUUGUUUGCAAAGCAUUGAAUGUGUGAAUUAAUUUUGGCCCUGAUCUUCAUUUUGUCCAAAAGAGUACUGUGAAAACAUUAGCACUCUUAGAAUGUAAGCUCCAUGAGGAUAGAGAGUUCUGUUUACAGGCAUCUGUCUCCUUUGUUUCUGAAACAAUGCUGAGUAUAUCUGGGCAUCAAUAAAUACAUGCUGAAUGAAUGAACGUAAAAGGUACACAAAGCCUUAAUUUCAUCAGUCUAGUAGUCUGGUUCCUCUUUCCAACAACACAGUCUUUAACUUUUUUGUUUGUUUUGUUUUUUUGUAGUUACACAUUUACAAAUUCAAACAAUUACUCAUAAAGUCAUUCAGUAACAAAGAGGCUGUUGAAUGAACACAGGGCAAUGAAAUUUGGAUUCUGGAUGACAAUUUUAGUCUUAUCAGCCUCAGCCCUCCAUUGUCUCAGUGUUUUAUUUUGAUUUACAACAGCUAGAUAAUAUUCAUACAGAGAAGCACUUGGAAAUAUUGAGUCUUCUUUUUAACAGUUUAUCCUGAAAUGUUGAGAUAUUUCAUCAAACUAAACCUGAAACUUGGAAAGAAGUAGGAAAUUUUAGUGAGACUUUUAACAAUAUCUAAUAUCUGAUCACAUAUCUAUUCUUAAUUAUGAAAGCUGGACAAAAGCUCCCCUAGCUUACAGCAAAUGCUGUACCUUGCUGCUCACAGUGGGAUUUUCCAACCAGCAGCAAUGGGCAUCACCUGGGAGAUUGUUAGUGCUGCAGAAUCUCAGGUUGAACUUCACAUGGGUGGAAUCAUAAUUUGCAUUUUAAUAAGAAUGCCUUGUGAUCUCAGUGCACGUUCAACUUAGGGGAGCACUGUCAACUUCAGUAGGUGUGGGGUGGGCCUGGGAUUCUGCACUUCCAGCAAGCUUCCAGAUAAUGCUGUUGCUGCUAGUCCAUGAACCAUACUUCGAAUAGCAUGUUGAUAUACAAAGAGAAAUUUAUAGUUACUUGCCUGACUCUCAAGCCAUGACAAGAAUGCAUACUCAGCAGAUAUACCUGAGUUGACUUGGCAGUUAUUAAGCAUAUUGCAGGUAUGCUGUAAUGGUGUACUUAUUCCCAUGUACAGUUUUUUUUUUAAGUAUGUAUGUUCAGACCUGGAUUUUAAAAAAAAUGCUAGAGAACUAUUUCCUUUUACAUCUUUGACACAUUUUCAAGAAGUUUAGAUAUAUACAGAGAUGACAGCAAAAGCAUAAUUUGCAGAUCAGCACAAAAAUAAAUACUCCUGGCAGCCUAGGUGUGUUGAGUGUUUGCAUUUCUGGUUUUCAAAAUAUACUUAAAAAAGAAAAAGAAAUAUCCCAAACUCUUGGAUCUCACAGUUUGAAAACCAUUGGUAAAGCGAAAAGCCAGGGCACUUGUCCCUACUAUGUUGUUGACUUAGGGCCUGACAAUUAAUCUAUCAGGACCUCUUUUUCUUCAUCAGUAAAAUUAAAGAUUCUGAUGAUGUGAUGUACGCCUUCUGAUGAAUUCUUAAGUUCUGUGAUUCUGUGACUUGCUGUGCAGCCUUAUAGAACUACUUUCUUUAAGUCCAAUACCUUGAUUUAAAGGAGUUGGUGUAGCAGGGCAGUUUAGAGCCAAGGAUUUGAGUCAGUAGGCAAGGAUGUGUCCUGGAACAAGUAACAACCUACAAGUGAGGAUGUGUAAAAUGGAGGUAAUAUGAAUGCUUAUCCCAUAGGAUUGCUUUGAGGAUUAAAUGAAACAAUGCAUGUAAAGCACUUAGUGUGUAUUAUUCAAUAUGUUAGCUGCUGUUUCUUUUACAGAUGAGAAAACUGAAGUUGGAGAAGUAAAGUGAUUUCUCUGAGUUGAAAACAAUCCUCGAACAAGAAACCUUGCUGCACUAAUUAAAGUCUUCCUUUCUAGAACCAAAGAACUAAAACUUUCAGCAGAAUGUCAGAACCACAUCUUCAUUUGGCAGACACACAAUGCUUUGUUUAUUAUUUGCUGUUUGCUGAAAGUAUUCAUUUGUGAGAUGUCUGAGGAAGAACUACAACUUCAUUUUACUUAUGAAGAAAAAUCUCCUGGCAGUUAUAGUUCUGACUCAGAAGAUCUUUUGGAAGAAUUGAUCUGCUGUUUGAUGCAGUUGAUCACUGAUAUUCCACUCUUAGAUAUUACAUAUGAAAUAUCACUAGAAGCUGUAUCAACAAUGGUUGUCUUUCUUUCCUGCCAACUCUUUCACAAAGAAGUUUUACGAGAGAGCAUCAGUCACAAGUAUUUGAUGCAGGGUCGAUGUCUUUCCUACACCAGCAAACUUGUGAAAACCUUACUGUAUAACUUUAUCAGACAAGAAAAACCACCUCCUCCAGGAGCCCAUGUUUUUCCUCAGCAAUCUGAUGGGGGAGGACUGCUCUAUGGACUUGCAUCAGGAGUAGCAACUGGACUCUGGACUGUCUUCACACUAGGCGGCGUGGGCAGCAAACAGCAAACUCCAGAGCUUUCUUCACCUCUGGCCAACCAGAGUCUCCUGCUUUUGCUGGUGUUGGCCAAUCUGACAGAUGCGCCAGAUGCACCAAACCCCUACAGACAGGCCAUUAUGUCCUUUAAGAAUACACAAGAUAACAGUCCUUUCCCCUCAUCAGUUCCGCAUGCUUUCCAGAUUAAUUUUAAUAGUUUAUACACAGCUCUGUGUGAACAGCAGACGUCUGAUCAGGCAACUCUCCUCUUGUAUACAUUACUGCAUCAGAAUAGUAAUAUUAGAACAUACAUGUUGGCUCGUACAGAUAUGGAAAAUCUUGUUUUACCAAUUCUUGAGAUUCUGUAUCAUGUUGAAGAAAGAAAUUCACACCAUGUAUAUAUGGCUCUUAUAAUAUUGUUAAUUCUUACAGAAGAUGAUGGCUUCAAUAGAUCCAUUCAUGAAGUGAUAUUAAAAAAUAUUACUUGGUAUUCAGAACGGGUUUUAACUGAGAUUUCACUGGGGAGUCUCCUGAUACUGGUCGUAAUAAGAACCAUUCAGUACAAUAUGACAAGGACAAGAGACAAGUACCUUCACACAAAUUGUUUGGCAGCUUUAGCAAAUAUGUCGGCACAGUUUCGUUCCCUCCAUCAAUAUGCUGCCCAGAGAAUCAUCAGUUUAUUUUCUUUGCUGUCUAAAAAGCACAACAAAGUUUUGGAACAAGCCACACAGUCGUUGAGAGGUUCACUGAGUUCCAAUGAUGUCCCUCUGCCAGAUUAUGCGCAAGACCUAAAUGUCAUUGAAGAAGUGAUUCGAAUGAUGUUAGAGAUCAUCAAUUCCUGCCUGACCAAUUCUCUGCACCACAACCCAAACUUGGUGUAUGCACUGCUUUACAAACGAGAUCUCUUUGAACAAUUUCGAACUCACCCUUCAUUUCAGGAUAUAAUGCAAAAUAUUGACCUGAAACACUGUACAGUUUGUGCAUCUGUACAUCAUCUUAUCCCUCCACAAGUGAUCUGCAAGAGGAUCUGUGUCACUACAACUCUUAGAACUUUGAGUAUUAUAAUUAUUUUAAUAUUUGUCUCUUUAUAGCAAAAACAGUAUUUCAUUAUUUUUACUUCAAUACUUUGUUAACUAGCGUGGUUGAACAUUUUUCACAGAUCUAUGAACUUGCACUUCAUGUCCUUUUUAAAAAUUUUUUUGCUAAGUUUUCUAUUGCUGUAUUUAUUAGCAUUUUUCAGUCAAGUUUGAUUUCAUAAAUAUUUAUUGAAUGAUAUAAUCGACAGUGCUAGACACAAGAGUAAACUGAAAAGCCACUGUCCCUUUCCAUGUGUUACUUAUAUAUUUAGGAAGAUGUUCAGUAAUUAAAUUAU